AUGCUCCCGCAAUGCCAGGGCCCCGUUUGGGCCAUCGACGACCUGUCGCAUUGCUUCCAGCGCAACGUCCUACAAGUCUCCCUGCCGCUGGCUGCAUGCGCCUUAUCCCUGCUAACAAUCGUCCUCCACCUCACUUAUCGCUAUGCCACCGCUCGGAAAGGUGUCGCCUACAAGGUUCUUCCUAACGAUGUCUCCGACGACGAAAAUGUUCCCUCUGCCGCAGAAACCGAAACGGAUCCUAUGCUCCAACAGGCCGUGCAGAGCGAGCAAGUCGAACUCGAAGUUGACCGCCCGCGCGGUGAGAUGGUCGUCGUCGCCCUUGAAAUCGCUGCGCUCAUCGGUCAGGUUGCGCUUUACUCAAUCAUUCUCACCACCAACGGCUGGGGCCGUCAUGGAGCUCUUCCCGCGACAGCAGGUCUGAUUUCGUGGGGCUAUAUACUUUUCCUGGUCUUGGUUCGACUACUUUUGUCCAGCAUGGAUCUAUUCUCUGCCCCGAGGCUGUGGACGCAUACGGCCGUUCUGUACGGUGCUCAGUGGCUCUUCAACGUCAUGGUCUUCCGAUCUGCGGUCAUCCAUCCCAUUUCUAGACGCGCCUUGAUUCUUAGCAGCAUCGAGUUCGGCCUGAGCACCCUACUUUUGUUGAUCUCUCUUACCACUCGCCGAGGUAACAAGCCCGUACUGGUGGAGCGUGAGGAUGGAUUGGAGCCCCCACGUCACCCGAUGGCUAGUCUGCUGUCUCUUGCGACCUUCUCCUGGUUGGAUCCGCUUGUGAUGAAGGGAUACCGUCAACCUCUCGAACUGGAGGACGUGUGGAACCUGACUCCCACCCAGAAGGCCGCUGCAGUUCUUACCGACUUUAGAAAACGGCAGAUGAAGGGCUCUUUGGCCUGGAAGCUCAUCCGCUUCUUUAUUGGAACCAUUUUGAAGCAGGGUGCCUGGACUAUUUUCGCCAACCUCUUCGUUUUCGUGCCAAGUCUCCUGCUCAAGGCUAUCCUUGAAUACGUCGAAGAUCCCCGUUCAACAACUCCCAAUGCUGCUUGGCUCUACGCGAUCCUCCUGUUCUUCUCCGCUAUUAUUCAAGGUGUUGCAGAUGGCCAGGCCCUGUUCAUCGGCCGCAAGAUGGGUGUUCGGAUUCGUGCCAUCAUUAUUGGAGAAAUCUAUGCCAAAGCUCUUCGACGUAAGGCCGGUGCUGCUACGGAUGCGGCGAAGAAGGCCCUGGAAGAGUCGAAUGCCCCCAAGGACCUGAAGCCGAAGAAGAAGGGACUGCUUUCGUUUGGCCGAAAGAAGAAGUCCAGCACUAAUGGAGAUGAAGCUGAAGCUGAAGCCGGGACGGCCAAACCUGCCGGGUCAGAUCUGGAUGAUACUGCCGGCCAGGCAAAUGUUGGUACUAUCAUCAACUUGAUGGCAAUUGAUUCUUUCAAGGUCAGUGAGGUUGGUGCCUAUCUGCAUUUCCUUUGGGCCAGUGUUCCAGUGCAAAUCAUUAUGGCCGUCACCUUGCUUUACAAGAUCAUGGGUUUCAGCUCCUUUGCUGGUAUUGCUUUGAUGGCUUUGAUGCUACCCGUCAACCUCUUCAUCGCCCGGCAAUUCAACAAGGUCCAGAAUGCUAUUCUCAAGGGCACUGAUGCUCGUAUUCACGCGACCAACGAAGUCCUUCAGAACAUUCGUAUCAUCAAGUACUUUGCCUGGGAGCAACGGUUCCAGGACAUUGUCAACGAGAAGCGCAAGGCAGAGCUCAAGUCCCUGCGUCGCCGCUACAUUCUGUGGUCUUGCGCUGCGACGGUCUGGUACGGAACACCGAUUCUGAUCACUUUCCUGUCGUUCUUCCUAUAUACCGUCGUGGAGAAGAAGCAAUUGACUCCCUCGAUUGCUUUCCCUGCCUUGUCAAUGUUCUCGCUUCUGCGUGUUCCCUUGGAUCAACUGGCCGACAUGGUGGCCCACGUUCAGGAGUCGAAGGUCUCUCUGGAUCGUGUGGACCAGUAUCUGAACGAGGAAGAGACCGGGAAAUACGACCAGCUGCGUGACAGCAGCGCCGCGCAUGGACCUUCUCAGAUCGGACUCGAGCAGGCAACCCUGACAUGGGGUACCACCAGUCCUCGCCCUCAAGCUGCUUCUUCCUCGGAUAGUGGCGCUGAUGCUUUCCGCCUCAUCAAUGUGAAUGUCAAUUUCCCCGUCGGCCGUUUGAGCAUUAUCGCCGGUCCUACGGGUUCUGGAAAGACCUCGUUGCUCAUGGCUCUGCUUGGUGAGAUGCGCCUCGUUGAGGGUCGUGUCCAUCUUCCCGGAGGCACGGCUAACCGUGCUGAACUUCCCGUUGACCCCGAGACCGGUCUUAUUGACAGUGUUGCAUACUGUGCCCAGGAAGCUUGGCUAGUCAACGACACUGUCAAGGAGAACAUCGUCUUUGCCUCUCCGUACGAUGAGAAGCGCUACCGCGCUGUGCUCAAGGCUUGUGCCCUCGAACGCGAUAUUGAGAUCCUGGAUGCCGGUGACCAGACCCUUGUUGGAGAAAAGGGUAUCAGUUUGUCCGGUGGCCAGAAGCAGCGUAUCUCUCUGGCUCGUGCCGUCUAUAGCAGUGCUCGCCACUUGUUACUGGACGACUGUCUGUCCGCUGUCGACUCCCAUACGGCGAAGCACAUCUUCCGUCAAGCGCUGACUGGCCCGCUUAUGCUGAACCGCACAUGUGUUCUGGUGACGCACAACGUUGCCCUGACCGUGCCUCAGGCUGAUCACGUUGUCGUUCUCGAGAAUGGAAAGGUUACUGCACAGGGCAAGCCCGACGACGUUGCAUCCAGUGGCGCCCUCGGCGAAGAGUUCUUCAAGUCCCAACCUGCUUCCCGUGUUAACUCCCGUGGUCUUUCCCGCGCGCCUUCGCAGCAUGAAGACGAAGCAGCGGAUGAGAAUUCCGCUGCGGCUAAUGGAACCGCUAACGGUACUGCCAACAAGUCGCAAAAGGACAAGGACGAGAAGUCACGCCUGACAGAAGGCAAGGCUACUGGAAGCAUCAAGUGGUCGACUGUCAUCAUGUACCUGCGGUCUAUGGGUUCUUGGCACUACUGGGUCUUGGCUGUUUCGGUGUUCUGCAUGCAACAGCUCGGCUCGGUCUCUACCAAUAUUUGGAUUCGUCAAUGGGCCAACUCGUAUCACACGUCCAAGGUUAACGCCGAUGGCGAUGUCGGUAGCUACGCUGCCGCUGCUCACCUCAAGCCACCUACUUUCAACGUCGGCAGCGUCUCGAAGAUGAGCACCUGGGGUCCACCUCAGCUCGGCUCGCGAUCCUUUGGCCCAGUCACCGAUGACGGACAAGUGAAUGUGGGGUACUACCUGGGUGUCUAUGCGCUCCUUGGUGUUUUGUACAUUCUCAUUUCCCUGUCUCGUGAGGCUGUUCUUUUCUGGGGCUCCCUGCACGCCUCCUGGAAGAUCCAUGACAAUCUCCUCAGGGCUGUCAUGCACGCCAAAUUCCGUUUCUUCGACUCUACUCCGCUCGGCCAACUCAUGAACCGUUUCUCCAAGGAUGUCGAGUCGGUUGACCAGGAGGUUGCCCCCGUCGCUAUCGGUAUGCUUCACAGCCUGGCAUCGGUCAUCAUGAUUGUCAUUCUGAUCUCUGUCAUCACGCCUGGCUUCUUGAUUGCUGGUGUCUUUAUUACUCUGGUGUACACCGCUCUCGGCGCCAUCUACUUGAACUCUUCUCGUGAUCUCAAGCGUCUGGAGUCUGUGCAGCGCAGCCCGUUGUACCAGCAAUUUGGCGAGACCCUGAAUGGUAUUGUCACUAUUCGUGCUUAUGGCGAUGGUCCCCGAUUUAUUGUCGAUAACCACCGCCGUAUCAACGCUUACAACCGACCCCACAUCUACCUGUGGGCUAGCAACCGUUGGCUCGCCCUUCGUGUGGACUGGACUGGUGCUUUGGUGUCAUUCUUCUCCGCUACCUUUGUAUUGAUCAAUGUUGGCAAGAUCGACGCCGGUGCUGCUGGUUUGUCUCUGACCUAUGCCGUUACCUUUACCGAGAAUGUCCUCUGGCUUGUUCGUCUCUACUCGGAGGUCCAGCAGAACAUGAACUCGGUUGAGCGUGUUCGCGAGUAUCUCGAGGUUGACCAGGAAGCUGCUGCCGUUAUCCCCGAGUCUCGACCUGAGACCAACUGGCCCACCCAAGGUGCUGUUGAAUUCAACGGCUAUACCACUCGCUAUCGUCCUGAUCUGGAACCCGUGCUGAAGGAGGUAUCCUUCUCCGUCAAGCCUGGUGAGAAGGUUGGUAUUGUCGGUCGUACUGGUGCUGGCAAGAGUUCUCUUGCUCUGGCUCUUUUCCGCGGUUUGGAAGCCGAGAAGGGUCAGAUCAUCAUCGACGGUGUCAACAUCGGAUCUAUCGGUCUUCGGGAUCUGCGUGAGGCUAUCACCAUUGUGCCACAAGAUCCCACUUUGUUCACGGGUACUAUUCGCAGCAAUCUCGAUCCCUUCGGGCUGUUCAGCGAUGAGGAGAUUUUCACAGCCCUCCGUCGUGUGCAUCUGAUUGGCUCCGGUACCUCUGGCACCGCAACCCCGAUGACCUCAAGCACGGCUGUCGAACCCAACGGUAUGAACGGUAGUACCGCCUCCAUCGUCGACAACAAGAACGUCUUCCACAACUUGGACAGUCUUGUCUCCGAAUCCGGCUCCAACCUGUCCCAGGGUCAACGACAGCUCCUGUGCCUGGCACGCGCUCUUCUCAAGAAACCUCGCGUCUUGAUGAUGGACGAAGCCACCGCCUCAAUCGACUACGCCACCGACGCUAAGAUCCAAGAGACUCUGCGGGAACUGCACGACAGCACGAUCAUCACCAUCGCGCAUCGCUUGCAAACCAUCAUCGACUACGACAAGGUCCUAGUCCUCGACCACGGCCGCGUCAUCGAGUUCGAUCACCCCUGGACCCUGAUCAACAAGGAAGACGGCCUGUUCCGCGGUAUGUGUGAUAACAGCGGCAACAUGGACGUUCUACUAGACGGCGCUAAGCGCGCCUGGUCUCAAAAGCGACUCGUGGAUGAUUCUUGA